AUGCUCAACGCGCGGCCACGAAAGCGGAAGAGGCCGCGGCGACGUCAGGGGGGUGGAGCUCGCUUAGGCGAGGCACUAGGCAUGGCUGGGGCUGGGGCCCCGCAACAAAGAAUCGCAGCCGAGGACGGGGCUGAGGAGAGGCCGCUGCCGCCGCGGCGGCGGCGGCGGCGGCUGUACGACAGCAGCGGCGGAGGUGCCGACGUCGCUGUCACGAAGAAUCCGGGGCAGCUCAAUAGCAGCAGCAGUAGUGAGGAUGAGGGCGAGGGCGGGGGAAAGAGGGCUUCGGCGGCGGCGGCGGCCCUUCGUGCGGCGUACGACACUGUAUCCGGAGGGAAAGAAGCGCCGCCAUCGGUGUCGGAGGUGUCGUGGGAUUUAGGAUCCUGCAGUACGGCAAAUACUACCGCCUGCGACGGCGGGGAGGAGGCGGAAGAGGGCCCGAAAAGAAUGAGCGGCAGUAGCGGUGGCGAUGGCAGCAGCAGUAGCAGCAAGGGUGGGGUCCCUGAGAGUGGUGGAGAUAGCAGCAGCGAUGCGAGUGACGGCGGAGGUACGCGGAGCGACACGGAGGGCAAUGGCGAUAGCAAUGAGGGUGUGGCGGCGGCGGCGGCGGCGCUGGAUCGCCGCCGCGGCCGCGGCCGUCCCGGGAGAAACGGCACAGUCUCCGCAGCUACUGCUACUGCAGCUGUUGCCGCAGCGGCGGCGGGAGCUGGUGGCGGGAGGCCGCACGGCAGUAGCAAGAUACGGGGUGACCACCUGGAUCUGUUUUCUGAAUUGGAUCGUUUGUUCAUGGCCAGCGGCCCAGCGGAGCGUCGUCCAGCGGGGGUGUACGGAGUCGUACGACAGGGUCGCGCGGCAUCAGGCGGAGGCGCUGCCGCCGCCAGGCGCAGCGGUCGUGUGCUGGCUGCAGCUGUCGGCGGCGGCGGUGGUGGCGGCGCGGCGGCGGCGCCGCUGCCGCCACCACCAGGACCUGCGGCAACUUUGACCUCGAAGGUGGCGCUGCGGUCGCAGGUUCUUGAGCGCCUUAGAUCCGCGGUCACCGGUCAUCACCUGGAAACCAGAGCUACGCUGCCGCCGCAAGGUGUACGGCGCACGGCGGCAGCAGCGGCGGCGGCGGCGGCAACCCCUAGCAGCACCGUCGCCGCCAGGCGGGUGACGCUGCCAGGGCUGCAGCAGCCGCCGCCGUCGUCAACGCGACAACCGCCGCCGCCGCUGCCACAACCGCCACCACAGCCAAGCAAGGCCACCCGGCCGCCAGACGACAACCCGCUUGCCUACCUCCUCUACCUGAAACACACCCGUCAGGCGGUGCUGGUAGUUGCCGCCGGCGACUUGGGUGCCGUACGGUCGCUGGCGGCUCACCCCGUGUCGAAGCUGCUGCGCCGAGCGCCGUCGGGGUUACUGCUCGCGGUAACGCACGUGGCGGCGGCGGAGGUGACGUGGCAGCGGCGGUACCGCCAGCUGGCGGAGCGGCAGCUGCCCGGGCCGCACGUGUGGCUCAAGCCUGCCGCCACCGCGGCGACGACGGCGGCGGCGGCGGCUGUGCCGCCGCCGCCGCUGGCAGGACUUGGCCAUUUGGGUUCCGCUAGGGUGACGAUGCGGCUCAACGCGGUGGCACCGGCCAUCUUUCCGUUGCCGUACGAGCUGCGUGUACGGCAAUGUGCGGCGGCGGCGCGACGUGGCGUGGCGAGUGAGGACGUUGGGGAACGUGGGGUGGACGCUGUGGACCGGCAGCUGGAGGACAACAUUGCUGCUGCCGCCACCGCCACGGCGGCGGCAAGGGAACCGGCGGCGUUGCGCGAGGUGUUGUCAAAUGCGGGCGACAAGCCUACAGAGCCCAGUCCCCAGCCGUUACACGGCCAGCGGCAACAGCCACCGCCGCCGCCACCAGCGCUGGCGGAGCCGGAAGAUCGGCCUCAGCUGCAGCUCGUUGCGGAGCGUGAUGAGCCGCGGGAGGGCACUGAACCAGCAGCUACAGCCACAACGGUGGUUGGUAACGGGCACGUGGCGGUGACGGCGGCGGCGGCGGCCGUACAUCGACCGAUGGGUCGCAAGGCCAAUGGCGACCGCCAUAGGGCUGCUGGGAUCAUCACGCAACGCCGCAACACGGUCAAAAGCCGUGUCGCGUCGCUGCUAGAUACGCUGACGGCGACGUGCGUUGUCGUACAACAUGGCGGCGGCUGUAGCGGCGGCGGCGGUGGCGUUGGCGGCACCGGAGGAAAAUCCCGGGGCUUCUCAACUUCCAACACAGAUGAUGACAGCAGUAGCAGUAGCAGUAGCGGUAGCGGCGGAGAGCAAGAGAGGCAGCAGCAGAUCCAGAAGGAGGAAAAGAAGCACGAGUGUCAGCGGCUGGUAGCGGCAGCGGUCCUGGUACAUUGGUGGGAUGACGGCCCGGGCGAUGGCGGCGGUGGCGGCGGCAGGCUGGGAAACGACGCAGCGGCGGCGGCGGACUUGGUUCCGGAGCAGAUGCUUCCGCCGGUGGCGGAGGUGCAGCGGAGGCUGUUGUUGGAGAGAAGAGAUACCGGGUUGUUGCAGAUGUUGCAGGUGGGCGCCUGUGUGUGGGUAUGUAUGUAUGUAUGUAUGUAUGUGAGAUUGUUGGAUGCGGGGAUUGUAUGUGAGGAGCAGCAGCAGCAUGAGGAGGAGGAGGAGGGGGGACGUACGGCGGGUGGCAGCAGCAGCGGCGGCGGCGGCUUGACGGCAGAGGAGGAGCUAGCGGCAGCCGCGGCGGCGUACGGCACGCCGGAGCAUACCGGCGGCGUCAUGCGGCCGUCAUACUCUUACGCAUUGUACCCGGAGAAUGAGCUCCGUGCCCUCCCGCCGGCCACACCCCCUGUCUUUGGCUGGCAGUGCGGCAGCAACGUCGGCGGCGGUGGCGCCGGCGGCGGCGACGCUGUACUGCAUUCUCUGCGUCGAAAUAGCGACGUGUACGGCAACCGACUGCACUCGCCGUGGCCAGCAGCUUCGCAUGGCCCUCAUGGCGCGUGGACCGGCCAACCAAUACCGUUGCCGUGCUUAAAAUCGCGCGAUCUGCUCUACACUUCCGCAAGGCCAGUCGUCUGUAAAGGCUGCACCACCUUCACAUGCCUGAGCCUUCUUCAGUUAGACAGGCCUCCUCUGCGAGCUGCCUUCAUCCACCGUCACUGCUACUCCAGUGCUGUCUUUCACAGGUGGAAGUUGCGACCUCACGAUCGUGGCCUUUACACUGCUAAUCACAUACCCGUGAGCCAGUGUUUUUUUCCGUUUUGGGCCUAG